CAGGACCGUAAAGAGACACGUCUUUCACUCUGUCUUCAGUCUCGACAUUCCUGUUCAAUGUCUCAAAUUUAUCCCACCCGCUCAAAGUGACCCAGAUCAAAUCUCCCCUUUCGGAGUAUUGUUCCUCGGGAUCCACCGGUGCACAUCCUCGGAACCUUUUCUAAGAGACUCCUGAACCAAAGACUCGGGGCACUAAACAGUACAUGUGAUGGGGAUCUUGCAUCAGCUGGAGUCGCUUCUCAACGGCUAAUUUGGUUUGGUGAGAUAAGCGCCAGUCCCUUAGCCUAAAUGAUAGCUUCAUAGACCCAGACCACCCACUCGAACUAUUCCUCACUGAACAUGAACAACCGUUCCACGUGGUUGAUAAUUAACAGUAGUUGUUUCAAUGCUAUUAGGAUUACUCAAUCAGCUACUCAGAUAGUGGGGGAUGGUCUCUUCAAAUGACUAUCUACAAGCGAUGAGAUCUUGGUAUUCGGAGCCCUUGGAAUAUGACCUAAUGCGACCAAUCGAAGAGGACGUUGGGGACUUCUUCCUUGUAAUUGCUGGCUGGCUAUGCUCUUAAGAUUCAAAGUAAUGCUUCAGGACUAUUACCAUCCGCAAAGCAAUCUGGCGUCUUUCGUAGAAAGAAGUACCACUACUUCAUACUUCUCCGUAGAUUCAGCGCAGUGCGGGUCCUCCCGCUCGUUCCAUCGUUGCUAGCGGUACGUCACCUGCGAGCUCACCUGUUCGAAUCUCUUCACCUCUACUAUUUCUACCUCGACCGAUCACCCUUGCCUCUUUUUUGUACCUUCACAUUAUCCCCUUAAACUGAAACACUUUGUUUUUACAGUUACCUUUGCAUUUUUUGGACAAAGCACUCGCUUGAUAUAUUACCCCGCACCCCAAAGCGUCACGUCUCGAUCGCAUUCUUUCACCUUCCAUCUACCGACAUCAUCGAGUGCAGUGCAAAAUGGGCUCCUCCGAUCUAGACCAGCUCAUUGAGAUGGGCUUUGACAAGGAGAGGGCAGAGAUGGCCGUGGCCAAGAGUGGUGGUUUGCAAGGUGCGCUCGAAUGGCUCGAACAAAACCAAGACAAAUCAAUCGAAGAGAUCAAAGCGACUGCAGCCAACGAUGAUGCCGGGGAGGAGGGUCCCCCGUUGCAGCCUGGCGAAGAAGCGAGAAGUCUGGUUUGCAAUGAAUGUGGCAAGAAGUUCCGAAGCCAUGCACAGGCCGAAUUCCACGCCUCCAAGACCCAGCACGUCGACUUCGAGGAAUCCACGGAAGAACUGGCACCGUUGACCGAGGAGGAAAAGAAGGCAAAAUUGGAAGCGCUUCGGGCGAAGUUGGCAGAGAAGCGGGCUGGACAGUCUGAACAAGACAAGGCCGACAAGAAGAGAAACGAGGAAAUCCGACGAAAGAGCAACAAGGAAUCACAGGACGCCAAGGAGGAGCUCCAGAGAAAGCAGCAAAUGAAGGAGGCGGCCAAAAAGAAGAAGGAGAAGCAGGAUGACAUCGAAGCCAAACGGCGCGUCAAGGCCAAGAUUGAGGCGGACAAGGAAGAGCGGCGUUUGAAGGCCGAGCGGGAACGAGCAGAACGAGCUGGUGCGGCGCCUCCUGCUCAACCGGCAGCUGCUUCCUUGCCCACAAGCUCUGGCCCCGUGGCGUCCAAACCGGCUUCGGCGUACACGGAAACUCGUUUGCGAUUCCAGACCUCUAAAGGAAACGUCAUGAAGACCCUCCCGGUGGACACCACUCUAUUCGAGGUUGCUUCGGCUUUGGAGCAGGAGGACGGUGUCCAGGUCCAGAGCUUCUUGCAGACAUUCCCAAGGAAGGUUUUUGACCAGGAGUUCUUCGGAGAAUCUCUUAAGGACCUUGGUCUCAUUCCCAGCGCUAGUCUCGUAAUCCAGUGAUCUUAGCUGCGGUGGGCCUACAUCACAUCUAGCUGUAAUGAAACAUUUGCUAUGAUAUUGACAAGUAUAGAAGAGAGUUUAGACAGUUUGGAUUGAGAAAUAAAUGAAAUUUCCCUUGGAAU